AUGUUCAGCGCCUUUUUAGAAGGCUUCCAUCAAGUGAAGAAUGACAGUGAUGGGAAUUUCUUCUAUUCGACACCGCCGCUGGAUGUUUUUAUAUCAGUCACAUUGAAUUCUUCGGGUACUGUGACUCGGAAGGUGUGGUAUGGCGUGGCGAAGAGAUGGAACGUGAUAGUGUCAUAUCCUGAAAACGAGUGUGAUCUUUGUUUGAGAGGGUUUGAGCCUGUAAAUGAGGAUGAAUGGGGGAGAGGGAAUUGGACUAAUGGUUGCAGGAGGAGGAACCAAUUGCGAUGUGGAGACGAUGAAUUUGAGAGGGUGCAGUAUAUGAAGGUUCCGGACUUUGCUCAACCCUUUCCUUCUAGGGUUCUAGACGAGUGUCGGACCAGAUGUGUGGGGAACUGCUCAUGCAUAGCUUAUGCUUAUGAUGGUAACAUUGGUUGUAUGUUUUGGAGUGAUACCUUGAUUGACACUCAGGACUUUAUUGAUGUUGGUGUUGAUCUCUACCUUCGUCUCUAUGCUUCUGAACUCGAUAGCCAGAAGGAGAGGAAGUUGUACAUCAUAAUUGGAGUUGCUGUGGGUUUUGUUUGCAUAUCUAUUCUGAUGUUUAUUGCUUGGUGGUUGAUAGUGAAGAGGAAAGGUGACUUUUGA